UUUGGAAGCAAGUCAAGAAACCGCAUAAAUAAGAUCAAAACAUCUUCCAAAUAUAGGAUGUUUUAUCUUACAUAUAUUCUUACUUAAAUAGCUAGGACGUACUAAACAUUAUAUUUUUACUUUUAAUAUUAUCUAAUCUAUCUAAAAAACUUAUAAGACUCAAUCAAGGUUUGGGUACUUUGGGUAUUAAAAAAUGUUGGUGAAACCCUGUGUUAAUUAUACUUGUGCGUCAAGCUUUAAGGCUUGUGCUAUUAAGUAAUAUCUUGUAACCGCAGUUUCCCCUGUUAACGUUUAGCCCCUCAUAGAUCUACUGCGCUCGGUAUAUUCCUUCACGACUGCGGAAUUCUUCAACAUAGUAAUGAAAACAGAGGUGGAUGAACAGUAGGUCGAGACAACCGAGAGCCGGAGGCCGACCAAUAAUCGAUGGAGGGACUGAAACAGUGGCUGGCUUCCAGGCGAGCGAAUGUUUCCAAUAGGGAGGGCUUUCUGCUCAGCUGGCCAGGCGCGGCUGUCUUCCGCGCAACACCAAAGAUUCUCAAUCAGGAUAGAAAUUCCAAGACGGCGUCACCUCAGGUGGUCAACUCGUGCUCGAGGCCAGCUCCGCUACUCUGGAUUCCAGCCUCUGAACCAGCAUCUUUGGAGUUUUCAGCCACAUGGGAUAAAUCUGGCAGCGCUCGUCGGGAAUGGAGAAAUCUGGCCAGCGCUUUCACUUACCUUUCUUUAUUCAAUUACACAAUAUAUUGAGGGCUGAUAUUUUCCGCCGCCUCUAUCAAUGGGGUUGGGACAGCAGAUUAUACUUAUUCUAAGUGUUCUAACGCUUGUGAUUGCAACUACGUCGGAGGAGAUAUCGUUGGCGGAUGAACGAGGUGCAGCUGGGAGGUUGUAUCGAGUCUGGAUCGUGAAGUCUUGGUCGGCCAUUCCGGCGGUGGUGGAGUUGGUAUUCAUCCACAUUACAAGAGCUCGUUCUUCUCCGGAACCACCUCUGCGCCAGGAAGAACUUUGUGAAAAGAUUUUAGUUCAGUAUUAUUUUCUCCUUAGUAACAAUUGUUUCUGUUUUAGUCUGAGUAGUUUUGGUUUGAAUGUUCGGAUUCUUGGAGUUCUUUUGAUAGACAGGGUUCCGGUUCCGAUCGUUUUUGGGCCUAAAUUUGCCCGUUUCAGGUUUAGCGAGUCAUCUUAUUUUGUAUGAGGUGACUGACUCUAAGUCUACUUCUAGGGUUCACGAUUGGAUCUGUAGAUUCUGUCUGAAUGUUCUCUUAUAUGUGUUCUCGAUUUUAA